CCGUCAGUGUAUGUAGUGGGUACCUGACCUGAUGCAAACCUCUUCAUUGCCAAUUAAACUUAACCAACCCACCAUCACUUUUCACUUAAAUACACACACACAUAUCUCCAACUAUCCACAUCUCACAUUUUUCAUUCAUAACCAAUGGGAAAGAAAUCAAGUGGUUCAUGGUUUACACUAGUCAAGAAAGCCUUUAGUCCUAACAAAUCCACCAAAACACAACACCAAGACCUUCAUAAUAAUAGUAAUAAUCAAUUAGAUGAUGAUGAUAAGAUGUUGCACAAAAGGGAGAAGAGAAGAUGGUUGUUUAGAAAAUCAUCAGUUAAUGUACAACAACAACAACAAGAAACACAUGUACAUGAAGGGAAGGAUAAGACAUUGAGUGUUGAUGUUUCUCAACACAAACAUGUGGAUGUAGAGGAGGAGGAAAAGGAAAAGGAAAAGCAUGCUAUUUUGAUGGCGGCAGCCGCUAUUAAAGCGGCCGAAGCCGCCACAACCACCGCCCAUGCGGCGGCGGAGAUUAUUCGUCUCACCACUAGGCCUUGUUCCAUUUCUGUUAAGCAUCAUUUUGCUGCCAUUCUCAUUCAAACAUCAUUUCGUGGCUACCUGGCAAGAAGAGCGUUACGAGCAUUGAAAGGCAUAGUGAUGCUUCAAGCUGUGAUUCGAGGACAAAAUGUAAGAAAGCAAGCAACCAUCACUUUAAGAUGUAUGCAAGCACUUGUUCGGGUGCAAUCUCGGGUACAUGAUCAGCGAUCCAGGCUAUCACACGACGAAAGUAGGAAAUCAAUGAUGUCGGAAAACACAACCUUUUGGGAGUCAAAAUACCUUCAAGACAUAAGAGACAGGAAGUCUAUGGUAAGUUCAAGAGAUGGAAGUUGCAUACGAGAUGAUUGGAGUGAUAGGCCACACACUCUUGAAGAGCUUGAUGCCAUAUUGCAACACCGAAAGUCACAGAUGUCUAACAGAAAUCCAUCAACUAUGGAUGAAAAAGAGCUUGAAGAAACUGCUAGUUGGUUAGACAGAUGGAUAGAAGCAAAGCAAUGGGAAAACCACAGAGCCAGCAGGGCUUCAUUUGACAGAAGAGACUCUAUAAAAACCGUCGAAAUCGACAAUUCGCGACCUAGUUCCCGCUCAGGUACUGGUGUUUACAAAUCACCAUACCAUACUUCCCAUUACAUCCCCAACUCACCGAACCGAAGAUCAAGUUACAGCCCAUCAACCGGUCAACAUCCAAUCACACCGUCCCCAAUCAAGACACGACCACCACAGAUACGGUCCGCAAGCCCACGGUGUUCAAAAGAGGAAAGAACCUACUUGAACACAAACAUACAAAGCCUACGGUCCACCCCACGUGUCGUGGGGUCCAUGUUUCGUUACAGCACGUGUGCAAAUGACAUGACCGUACCCAACUACAUGGCUGCAACCGAGUCAGCUAGAGCGAAAAUACGCUCACAAAGCACACCUAGACAAAGACCCUCCACACCCGAGAGAGACCGGGUCGGGUCGGUUAAGAAAAGACUCGCGUACCCGGUCCAAGACCCAUGUGAUAAUUACAAUGUGCAAUAUUAUGAUUAUGGUCAUUAUGGCCAUAACCUUAGGAGCCCAAGUUUUAAGAGUGUGCAAGUUGGUCAUGUUGGUAUGGGACAACAAUGGUAUUAUGCGGAUAGUACUAACGGCGGAGAACUUUCACCGUGUUCGACGACUCAUUUAAGGUGGCUAAGGUGAUCAGCUAACCCAACCACUAUCAGAAUGAGUUGAGUUAUAACACAUCUAGUUUAGUUGUUGAGUUAUAAGAAGUACGCAUUUUCAUAUAUUGAGUAUUGAAUGUAUUCUCUUUAUUGUUUCCAACUACUGUUAGCUAGGUACCAACCAACAAGGGUAUGCAACAUGUGCCACUUGAAAUAAUGUUGUAAUUGAUUAUUCUGGAGAAAUAUUGUUAGAUAAUUAAAUGGCGUUGGAAUCUAA